AUGCAGCGUCUUCACUCUGCGCGUCUAGCCAAGUCUGCUCUGCUUGCGGACACUGCUCUGCCUCUUGAGGCGACGGACUUCUAUGAGCCGGCGGCAAAGCCAACUGGCGCGCGUAUACUGCCCACCGAGCUAUGGGAGAUGAUAUUCGAGCAUUGCCACCCCAUGACCCUGUUCAUCCUCGAGCGCGUCUGCCGUCGCUUCCACGAGAUCAUCAACUCCUACGAUGGGCGACUCAUCGUCACCUCGUGCGACAGCCCCUUCGAGCCCAAGUAUAACGGCCGCGCGGACCCACCGCCGGCGAUACAGAUGCCGGAGGAGGGCGACAUGUCGGACGAGGCGAAAGGCGCGCGGCUGUUGUUGGAGAUUGGCAAGAACGGCUGCAUUAGUGGCGAGGAGUGGACCCGCCGCUAUGCGUGCUAUACUGGCGCGGCUUACAUGAGAUUGCUAUUCGGCGGCGGUUGGUGCUUGGUCUGCGAACGCUGGACGAUGAAACCUCCCCACGACCUUGUGACUCUUACACGCAUGUGCAGUAACCAGUGCACUCGUAGGCUGCAUCACGAGAACUUCCUCGUGAGAGCACCCAAUGCCGAAGCAGACCAGACCAAGCUCUCUAAAGUCGGCCGCCACUGCCCCGAGGACGAGGCGUUGAAGGAGUGGAUGCCCUUCAUCAAGGGCCGCAACGACCACCUCCUCCGUGUGAAAGAUCUGAAAAGGGCACGACAGGAGUACCACGAGCUUGGAAAGGAUGAGAAGAAGAGAGAACAGAUCUACAACAUGCGCAGGCUGAUGCUGUGUGCGCUGUUGAAGCUGAGAAACGAUUACCGAAAUUGGAUCAGAUACCAGAAAGACAACCACCGGCGAUUUUACAACAUCAACAUGCGAUGGAUGCGUGGCUGGGCGCGCAAGAUGGGCACUAAGCCUGCGCGCCUGUUCGACAACCCCGCGAUCAAGCACACCUUCGACACCUAUGUCGACACGCAGAGCUUCCUCACGCGCCAAGCCAUGCAGUACGCGCACAAGAAGGGGCACACGGUGUGCGAGACGUGCGACAGAUUCGUGCCGGACAAUAUCUGGCUGGCGCACGUCGUCGGCCGCCACCCGGAGCAGGCGCCGAUGUUCAGGAAGCACCCGGAGACGAAGGAAGACGAGCGGAGGUGCCCGAAGUGCCCCCAUUCGACGCGGUGGUACCCGUUGAGGGAUGGAUCGCUGGAGAGGCAUAUGGAGGCGAAGCACUCGGAGACGCCGAUGGAGGGCGUGGAGAAGACGACGGUGGAGAAGCCGAAGUCGAAGGUCGCUGUUCCAACGGCGGCGGCCUUUGUCGUAGACGUGUACGCUACGAAGAAGGUUCUUGGCAAGCGUCGGGCUGAGGAGGAGCCCGUGGUUGUUCAGGCCUCGACCAAGCGUGUCAAGCGGGCGCUGCCUCAGAAGAAGACGAAGAAGUCUGUGCCGUCUGUGCCGGGUCGGCUUGGAUUUGCGAUUGCUGGUUUCAAGGACGAGAUGGCGAUGGCGGUCGAUUGA